AUGAUUUCUAUAAGGGCUAUAAAGUAUAUUUCGAGGUAUAACUAUACUUCUAGUCUCCUAAAUAAAAGAAAUCCUAACUUGCUUAAUAGGGCGCAGGAGAAUAGCGAGUUUACUAACUUUAAAUUUACUUAUAAAAGGCAUAUUAUACCUAUUUAUAGGGUGAUUAUUUGCAGCUAUUUCCUAGUAUUUUACGCGGCAUAUACUAGAAAAUUAAAGGCAUUAGAUAUAAUUCCAGUUUUAUUAAUUUAUGCAGUAAUGUUUACCUUGGCAGAUAAGUAUAAUAUUAAAGAGCUAAAAGUCCUAUUAGUAAAUAAAUACUUAGAAUACUUAGUAAAUAACCUAAACGUUUCUAACUUUCUUCUUUUAAUAUCUAAAGUUUAUAACUCUAUACUACCCUCUGCGCGAGGACUUUGUAAUUAUGCUCUAGCUUUUAUUAAAGAGAAGUUCUCCGGGUUUCUAAGUUUAUUAGAUACUAAGGAAAAGUUUAACAAGAUAACUGCUAAUAGUCCUGAAUUUAUUAAAGAGCUUUUAUAUUAUUUUAUUAAUAAUUGGCUUUUAGGGUAUUAUAAUAACUAUAGUAGUACCCUAAUCUUAAGGGGUACCUAG